AUGGAGACCAUAGGCAUAGAAUGCCAAAAAACAUUGCUGGAUCAGUCACAUGAUCCACAAAAGCUGGUUUUAUUCAUAAUUAAAAAGACACUAUACAAAAUGGAUAAAUUUUCUCCCAAAGAAAAAAAUAUUAUCAGCUCCCCGAAUCGGAUUGUGGUUUCGUAUGAAUCAAUCAACCCUGAUCCUAACCAACAACAUCACACGCCAAUAUCGAAUUGGCCUCGCUAG